AUGGCCGCAAAAUUAGGGGAUCUCUUAGCAAAUUAUGCACGGAAGAGGGCAAUGUGGAGACAGGAUGGAACAUAUGAGAAAGGAAUAUGGGAAGAUAUAAAAGAAAUAUUCAGUGAGUUAGAGGAGGCAUUAGGAAAACAUAAGAAAAUGAUGCAGCAGUUCUGUACAAUAAUUGUUACAGAUGACCACAGCAUCCGGAAGACAAUGAAGGCGCGUAUAUGCGUGGACAUUGUGAGCAUAUUUUCUUUCAUGAAUAAAAUGAAUAUCCUGGAGGGCCUGGAGACAGUGGAAACGAAGGUUGAAAAGGAAGGUGAGCUGUGGGAUUAUUUCAGGUGCAUGGUGGGGACUAUUGCAAUAGCGAAAUUACACAGCGGAAGCUGUGCAGCACGCGCCGCUGUCAAGGAGAUAGUUCAUAAAGUGAACGAAAUUGGUCUGGAAGGCGGACAUGGAGAUCCGCGGGAAGUGUGUGCAGGACUGGAUUAUGAUACCUUAAAAAUAGGCUCAACGUUUUUUGGGAAAACAAUGGGAGAUUGGAUAAACACAUGGAAGCAAAUACACUAUGGAAGAGUAAAUUCACGUGAGGGCAAUAAGGAUUGUGAGGGCGCGACAGGACAAAGAUCACAGGAGAAUGCACAAAAGAAAGUGCACGAUGAACCUGUAAUGACAGCAUUGGAGGAUGGUACUGUACAUAGUAUAAGGAAAAUGAUUGAGAAUAAGGAGGCUAUAGGCGAUGAUCAGAAAAAGAAAAUAAUGGAAGAAUUCAAAAAUACAGGAACGGGAGGGGAGGCAUGGAAGAAAAUAUUGGACGAUAUAGGACCAGGGAAAACGUCAGUCACACCAGCCGCCGCUGAAAAACCCUUGCACCCUGCAAACCCAGGAGCUACAACAACGCCGGCAACAGCAUCACCACAGGGACCGACAGCGGCGGCCACGAUAAGUGCAUCCGUAACGAGUGCGGAGCGUACCGGUCGCAUGAGCCCAGGUGUAGACGACGUGUGUGUGUGCGGCGACGGCCACCACGGCAGCAGUAGCGGCGACGAGGAUGAUUGGAGUGUGCAGUAUACGAACUUAUGGAAUACAUAG